AUGGCGAAUCUGAUAGAUAGUGAGGCCCACUUCCAAUCCAGGGCACUGGAGGUGGGAAUGUCUGACGGUGUGCGACAGGCUCUUCGAGAUGGUGGCAUUCGGACCAUGAGCCAUCUGGCAUUUGCAAUCGGCCAGCCAAACCAGCCACUUACAAAUGAUGAAGUAGGAGCUUUUCUGAGAACCCUCCUAUCGAGGGAGGCAACCUUGCAGGAAGUAGCGUUGAUCAAGAGAAUCACGUUCGAAGUUCAGACUUACUUAGUCGCUUUUUUUACGCCAAGGAGUAGAGCAGCAAGAUGA